AUGGAUUUCCCUAGGACUCACAUCAAAUGCGACUGUACUGAUCUUAUUGUACCCAGUGAUGACUCACAGCGACCAGAAGACGAAUGUGAAACGGAGGAUGUGAAGACGUUCGACCCUCGCACACCACGCGCCAACUUCUCAUUGUACCCACUCGAGCAUCUCCUUUACUGCGAAGAUUGUUCGGAUAUUAAGUGUCCAAAAUGCGUUAUUGAGGAAAUAAUCUGCUGGUAUUGUCCAGGCUGCCUUUUUGAGGUCCCUAUCAGUACAGUCAAGAGCGAGGGUGGCAGCCAGCUGCAAGUUUCGUCUAUAAAUCAGGAAUCCGCCUUACGUGGCGUUCAAGGCCCAUGGAUUCUGGGUUGUCCCUAUUGUCAUUGGGGUUCGCUGGAUAUCGGAUGGCAAUUUGAGAAAAAUGCGAACCUUCAUCACCAAAUAGCUAAGCUUCGUCUCGAAGACGAUCAGCAAGACAAAUCAUCCAGUAAAGAGUACUUCAGCUCAAGCACGCCUUCUACGAAUGAAGCGGAUGCGGAGUCAAGGUCCACUUUCGCCAACCUACGGUCAUUCUAUAGAUCGCAACUCUCGGUCAGCGGCAAUGCAGAUCCAUUACUAACGCCAUCUGGUGGCUACAAUUACAAUUCUCCAAGCAGCAUUGCGCGUAUCGUGAAUAUUUAUACCGGAAAAGGCACCUAUGGCAAAAAGGAUCCGUCUAAAGGGGGUCAAAUGCGAGAGGCUUUGGAUAACUCCGAAGGUCUACGAGUGCUUGAUCAUGAAAACGAUCAAGAUAUAAUUAAUCGAUUACGAGCUGGGGGAUGGAAGGGCUCUACAGGUCUGAGCCAGCGAACAGACCAACAGCACUCCCCUCAAGUUGUGGUUGGGUUACGUCCACAACAGCCCUUCCUACGUACGAAAAGAAGUAAAAGGUGUCGGACCUGCCGACACAUUCUUGUCAAACCUGAGCCUAAGAUCUCAAGUACACGCUUCAAGAUUAAGCUGGUAGCCUUGAAUUAUAUCCCAACAAUAUCUCUCAAACCGCUACUCCCAGCAGCUGCAAUUGAGCAGACUCACAUUGAUCUCAGACUUCUACCUCCAUUACGUGCAAUUCAAUGCCUUCUUACCCUCAAAAAUCCACUUUUCGAAUCGGUUAGAAUCACUCUGGCGACGCCUGCUGUGACGCCUGGGCGACACCAGCACAAGGUAACAAUACUGUGUCCGGACUUUGAGAUCGGAUCGAAUGUGGAUCAAUGGGAUGAAGCUCUGAACACCAGCAGUGAGCGUCGGCGCUCAAAGCACCCGAAUCUGUCAAAGCCGGAGUAUUCUGGGGGAUCUGGAGGUAAAAUAGCUGAAGCGGGGAAAGUCUGGGACAAGGGAAGGAGUUGGACCACUGUGGUGUUGGAGGUUGUAUGUGCGGACGUUCACGGAAAUGGGAGACGCGAUGAGGAUUUGGAAGAGGACGAAGAUCUGCUUGAGAUACCCAUUUAUGUGAGGAUGGAGUGGGAAGGAGAGGCUCAGGGCGACGGUGCUGCCGGAACCAAAGGAGAAGUGAGGAAGGAGAAGAAAGAGUUGGCUUACUGGGUUGCGCUUGGUGUUGGGAAGAUAGCCAGGCUCAGGAGUGGGGAAAUAGAUACUCAAGCAAAGACGCCUUGA